CGUUGCAGGGGUGAGAGCAGGGAAUGGACGAUGGUUCAGUUGUAGUGGAAGGAGUGAGAUAGGCGGUCAGGUUAUAUAGACCAUGAUUCUGUGACUGGAUUGCAUUAGAUGUGUGAUGGCAGGGGCGCCUCCAACUCCGGGCACCACACUUAGAGGGUCAGGGGGAAGUGUACUCUCUAGCACUAAUGGGGGAAGUUAUCGCCACAUCGAGGAGGACCCCGGGCCUAACCUUAGCACUAGAAGUGCAAUAAUAUACAAAACAUCUCCGAAUGCAAAACCCGAGCAGUCCUCUUCUUCCAGGCUCUCGUCCGGUAGCCGGAAGUGCAAAUCUGUAUCAUUCCACAGCGCGACCAGUCUCCCCACAGAGCGGAAAAUUUCUAGCGCAUCUGCAUGUCUUCAGUACAUGAUGACAGGCAGCAGUCUCAUCAAGGUGAGGCCCAAUUCCCGGCAAUACCAUCGCUUCUUCACUCUCGCUGAAGAUCUCAAUGCCAUACGUUGGACUCCUACGUCCAAGAAAUCUUCCAAAGCUGUAGUGCCAAUUGAGAGCAUCAAAGAAAUUCGUGUAGGAAAAAACACAGAAGUUCUUCGUACUCGAGUUCUGUCUUCUGGUCACACAGAAGAUUGUGCGUUUUCUAUACUCUAUGGUGAUGAUUUUGAGUCUCUGGACUUGGUGGCAUCCACUCCUGAAGAAGCUAACAUCUGGGUAACCGGUCUGAACGCUCUCGUCGGCGCCCACAAAUCUCCAGACGGUCUGGAGGAGAAAGAGGCGUUGCGGGAGCGAUGGUUGCAAGAGAUGUUCGAGCAAGCCGAAACAGACGAAUCUGGCUGUAUGGACGAGAAGACGGCCAUCAGCCUCAUCCAGCAGCUCAGUUGCAGCGGUCAGGUCACAACUGUACGCAUCAAGCAGAAACUGGCGGAAUUCGAUCAAAUGAAGAAUGAUGGUAGAAGAGGGACCAUAGACAGCAAAGAAUUUAUUGACAUGUUCAAGGAGGUAGCAACAAGACCAGAGGUGUACUUUCUACUCAUUAGAUGUGGUGAAAAUAUGCCCAUAUUCAAUACAGAAUUGACAGCUGUCUUAGUGACAGAAACAAUACAUGUUGCAGCUAACUGCAUUGUGAACACAUCCCUGGUGAAGUAUCCUUUUCCCUGCAGGAUAGCGAACAAAGACUAUCUCUCUGUGGAGGACCUGCAACUCUUCCUAGAAGGAGAACAAGGGAUGUCAGACUUAACACAGGAAAAGUGCAUGGAAAUCAUCAACCGUUAUGAGCCAAUGCCUGAAGCUCGUGAAAAUGGACAACUACUUAUUGAUGGUUUCACUAAGUACCUGCUGUCAGAAGAGUGUGAUAUCUUCGAUGCUCUUCAUCGAAAAGUGUGUCAGGACAUGAGGCAUCCACUCACACAUUACUUCAUUUCUUCCUCCCACAACACAUACCUACUAGAGGACCAGUUGAAAGGCCCAUCUAGUGUUGAGGGCUACAUUCGUGCCCUUGGCAAUGGAUGUCGUUGUGUUAAAGUGGACUGUGUAGAUGGACCAGAGGAACCUCUUGUGUACCACAUCAAUACCCUAACUUCCAAGAUAUCAUUCCGAGAUUGUAUCGAGGUGAUCAAAGAAUUUGCCUUCACAAACUCACAGUACCCCUUGGUUCUGCAUCUUGAGAACCACUGUAGCCAAAAGCAACAACAUACUGUGGCAAGCAUCCUCAGAUCUACACUACGUGAAUUACUAUACAUCCACCAUGAAGGAAGUUCACGUGAUGUAAGCCAGAUGAGCCCUCAUGAACUACGUGGAAAAAUUCUUCUUAUGGGUAAGAAGCUGCCAUUAGAUUGGAAGGAAGACAUGGGUGAGGUGACAGAAGAAGAUGAGGGUGCCGAAACUAGUAAAAAGAAAGAGAAGCCAAGACGAGUUCCACUGUGCAAGGAACUCUCAGAUUUGGUCAGCCUGGCCAGGUGUCGUUUCAUCAGCUUCCUUACAUCAAAAGAGACUCGUAUGUUAAUUCAUGACACACAAAUAUUUAUGUGGCUUGAGUUCUUGAAUGUCUAUGCAUAUUGUGCAUCACUGUCCUUACUGGAAGCCUGUCACAGACUUCCAGAGAACCUUAUUCUUCUUACAGAAACUCCAACAGAAAUGUUUUCACUCAAUGAGUCUUCAGCCAGUAAAUUGGUCCAUUCCAAUGCAGAGGAAUUCAUAGAACAUAACAAAACAUUUCUCACUCGUAUUUUUCCAAAUGGAAACCGGGUUGAUUCAAGCAACUACAAUCCACAAGAUUUUUGGAACUGUGGCUGUCAGUUUGUGGCUCUGAACUUUCAGACACCAGGACAGAUGAUGGAUUUGUAUGACGCAAAGUUCAGGCAAAACGGUGGGUGUGGUUAUGUGCUCAAACCAUCUGUCAUGAGAGAACAGAUCUCACUCUUCAGUGCCAAUUCAAGGGAUUUAUUUCCUGGUCUUCCACCACAAUUUCUUCACCUGAAAAUCAUCAGUGGGCAACAUUUACCUCGUCCACGUGGUUCCACUGCCAAGGGAGACGUCAUAGAUCCGUAUGUGGUGAUUCAAUUGCACGGUAUCCCAGCAGAUUGUACAGAGCAGAAGACUAAGACAGUAUCCAAUGAAGGGAACUGCCCAAUAUAUGAGGAAAGUUUCGAGUUCCAAGUCAUGUUGCCUGAACUUCUACUGCUUCGCUUUGUGGUUCUGGAUGACGAUUACAUUGGUGAUGACUUCAUUGGCCAGUAUACAAUCCCAUUUGAGUGUCUGCAAACAGGUUACCGCCAUAUCCACUUGUUGUCCAACACCGGGGAGCCCCUAGAAAACUCGACCCUCUUUGUUCAUGUGGCUAUUACUAACAAAAAAGGUGGUGGGAAAUUCAUGAAGAAGAAAUCCAAAUCAGACAAAGCUCACAAUGAGCUGCGCAUGGUUGGUAUCAAACAAGUUGAUGAUGUAAUUCGGGGAAUGUCACAAACAUUAGAAGUUGCUCUCAAGGUUCGGCAAGAUGCAGAUGCUGCAAUGGAGGAUUUGAGAGCAGAAUGUGGACUUGGCGACACAGCCAAUAUGAAACAGUGUCUCCGAGUCUUAUUGCAAAGGCUGUCUGCAAGUCCACAAGUCAACUCCAUGGCAAUACGAAAUGAACAUGGGCUACCAAUGUUAAAGGUGGAUGCACCAAACAUGCCACCGCAUCUGCACCGAGCCAUUGUAACCUUUGAAAGAGCUAUAAUUGAACUGAAGUACAUGGUAGACAAUGGCGAUCACUUGGCGGAGACAAUUAAUUCACAUUUUUCAACAUUACUGGAAAUGCAUGAAGAACUUCCCUCCAUGGCUGGUGUGAAAGGCAAAAAGUACAACCGCAUAUUGGACAACUUCACAUGGAAUGUACGCAUCUUGCGUGGUCAGGUGGAUCUCCUACAGUCCUGCAGGAAAGAGUGUCAGCAAGGUCUUGCACAGGUUCAGAGUACUGCACCAACAGUUGAUAACUACAACAGCAAGGACAGAUCACCUAGCAUCACACGUAACCAGCGUAAACUCAACCUGUUCUGCAAACGUCAAAGUAUAGACAUAGGAGCUGUGGCAGGAGGAACAGGGACUGGACCUGCACGAAGUCCCACCUCACCAAUACAAGUUGAUAUCAAGCCCAAAAGCAUACUCAAGAAGUCAAAUUCAAAUGUAGAACAGGGAAGUACAAUGCACAGCAAACCUCUCUUGCCUAAUAACAAUGCCCGGUCAAACUCUUGGGUCUCAGAAACCACAUCAAGGAAGAACUGACCAAUUCUGGUCACCAGAUGUCAACACUGUGCCUUGUAGGCUAACAGGGAGAUGUGCAAAUUAAACCUAUUUAUUUAAGCAUCUGUAAAGAAAACUGAAUUAUCUCGUAACUGCACCCAAUAUAAAUCUUGUAUUUUUGCAGCAGUUAUCAAGUUUUAUUUGUGAACCAAUGACAGAUGUCUGCCAUUCAGAUGCAAAGAGAACAUCUAUUUACAUCAUUCCAUGAAAACUAAUUUCAUACUCAAUUUCUGCAUUGCAUGAUAAAGGCUCCCACACAUAUUAAGUUGAAACUAACAUAUCUGAAGACUAAUUUCAAUUCCCUCCUUAAAUAUCUGAGACAACAAGUGUCUGAACAGGUAUGUAUGCAUAUUUGUUUGUAUGUGUAGGCACAUACAUUUAAUUAUGUUGGUGCAUUAAAUACAUAACGAUAUUAUUUUCAAACCCUGUUGAUUUAAACAUAUAUCAACAUUUACCAAACUGUCAUCUACCACAUCAAUUACCAGGAAGGGAUACAUGCUGUUGCCUCUUACCUACAGAAGAAUGAUAAAUAUUUAUAAAAGGUAACUCAAUAAGAAAGCCUAUGUAUGUAUUUUUGUAGCAUCUUUGUCCCCCUUUGUGACCUGACAUGCCAGCAACCUGUAACACGAGCCCCUUCUUUUCAACAUUAUUUGUCUUUUAACAGAAAGGUUCUCAAAUGAUUAGCUAAUAUUCUUCUCCAAAUAUACCAAUAUUCACGCCCUUAAUUGGUUUAAAAAAAUAUGUACAAGGAUAACUUACUUUUCUCAAUUAAUCUGUAUGAAGAAUAAACUGUGAUCAUGACUAAAAGUAUAUAAAUUUCACACUAACCUGAUCAACCUGUCACAGGAUUUAAUUUCAUUUCAGUUGCUACUGGUUGCUGCAAGAAUGCUCCCUUCACUAAAUUACAAAUAACAUUUUACAUGUUUUGUAAUCAGCCUUUGUCUGCUAGAUUUUCUGACUGUUUCCAUCAGACUAAGCAAGCAGAGUCUUCUCAACAAGCAGUGGCUGUGUACCAGUAAUUAAACAAUGAGAUAAUUUUGUAACAAAUUGUUUAGUCCAAGAAACAGUUCUUCUGUAUUCAUUUUACAGAACUUGGACAAAUUCUUUCACAAAUACAGAUUUUUAUCAGUAGAUGAAACAUAAUUUACAACUUGUCCCUGUGCUUAACUAAUUAAGCACUAUGCCAUGAAGACAUAUGUGGGAGUGGAUGUACAGA